AUGUCGUCUCUUGAUCAUCACCAUGUCCACCCGGCAAACUCCCGGAACCCUAAGCCGUGCGUCUCGUACGGUAUUCCGUUCUGGGAGGCUUGCACACGUCACGCAAAAGCCUUCAAUUCAACACGUAUCUACAUUGUUUCAUCAAGGUCAUUGAGCAAAAGCCAAGCUUUGCAGGAUCUCAAAACCUCGCUUGGACUUUUCCGUAUUGCUGGAGAGUACAACGGAAUUACUCAGCACACGGCAUGGGACCAAGUCUUUGGACUUGUGCAUGAUCUGAAGGAAACACGAGCCGAUCUGAUCAUCACACUCGGCGGGGGCUCGGUCACAGACGGCGUGAAACUGGCCCGGCUACUAGUUGCAAACAAUAUCAUGGCCUUGGAGCAGGCAGAGUCCCUCCUGUCCCGCUGCGAACCGGGCAAGCCAAGCGAUGAGGGCGUGAAGCCGGCCUCUAUCCCUGUCAUAAAUGUGCCCACUACACUGUCUGGGGCCGAGUUCACUCGUGCCGCCGGAGCCACAUACACAGAGUCCAAUCACAAGAAGAGAAUCAUCAUCCACCAGUCCAUGUAUGCCGAUUUCGUCGUCUUGGACCCGGAGCUUUCUCUCACUACCCCUGCACGCUACUGGAUCUCAACGGGCAUCAGGGCGGUUGACCACUUUGUCGAGGGCAUCUAUGGCAACAUGAGCAUGGUGAGAGGCAAUACCAGCGGAAGCGACCAGUCCAUCGAGAAAGACAUCCAGGCGUCGCUCGCUGACUUACUGGUCGCUCUGCUGCAGACAGUGGAUGAUUGGCAUAGCCAUGACGCCAGGCUACGCCAAUUGCUAGCCCUCAAGGACUGCCCUCGCGCGGGUCACAAUGGAGUCGGGGCCAGUCAUGGGAUUGGACACCAGCUUGGACCAUUUGGAGUCGGACACGGUGAGACGAGUUGCAUCAUCCUACCCUGCGUGCUCAAGUAUAACUGGAGCAACGGUGAUGCCAUAUUGCGAUCAAAAUUGCAGUUGAUAAUGGACGUGUUCUGGGGAAAUGCAGUGCUGACCAAGCUGCUGCUUCUCAGAGGUUUACGUCCCCAAGAUGCGGAUCCAGGGGAUAUAUUGGCAGCUUAUAUCAGUGCCCUAGGAAUGCCAAACUCUCUUGGAAAAUAUGGUAUAAAUCAAGAUAAAUUCCAUCAGAUAGCUGAUAAUGCUAUGGAAGAUGUCUGCACACAACUUAAUCCAGUCGUGUUGGACAAGGACAGGGUAGUUGAGAUUCUGUACAUGGCAGCAUAG